AAUUUCGUGCCGUCUCUGGGUAGGCAGACCUCCCUGACGACAUCUGUGGUCCCCAAAGCCGAGCAGGGUGCAACUUACAAAGACUUUAUUUAUUUCACCGUCUUGGAAGGGAACGUGCGCAACGUCUCCGAGGUCUCCGUCGAGUACUUGUGCUCCCAGCCUUGUGUGGUCAGCCUGGAGGCCGUGGUCUCCUCCGAGUUCAGAAGUAGCAUCCCUGUGUACAAGAAACGGUGGAAGAACGAGAAGCAUCUGCACACCAGCAGGACGCAGAGGGUCCAGGUGAGAUUUCCGAGCAUCAUGGUCUACCGAGACGACUAUUUCAUCAGGCACUCCAUCUCCGUCUCCACAGUGGUACUGAGAGCCUGGAUCUCUCACCAACGCGGCGGCGGCGGAGACGCGAGUGUGAAGUGGGAGGAAAACCUGCUGCACGCCGUGGCCAAGAACUACACUCUGCUGAAGACGGUCCCGCCCUUCGAGCGCCCCUUCAAGGACCAUCGGGUGUGCCUCGAGUGGAACAUGGACUACAUCUGGAACCUCUGGGCAAACAAGAUCCCACAGUGUCCCCUGGAAGACGAUGUGGUGGCCCUCCUUGGCUAUCUCUAUGCCUCCAGUGGAGAAAACACGGGCAUCGUGAAGAAGCUCCCGAGGUUCCAGAACCGAGAGCUGGAGGCCGCCCGACACCAGCGGAUGGACUACCCCGUGUUUACUGUUUCAAUGUGGCUUUAUUUACUCCAUUACUGCAAGGCCAAUCUCUGUGGGAUUCUGUAUUUUGUUGAUUCUAAUGAGAUGUACGGCACACCUUCUGUGUUUCUUACUGAAGACGGUCAUUUGCAUAUUCAAAUGCAUCUUGUCAAAGGAGAAGACCUUGCUGUAAAAACUAAAUUCACCCUACCUCUGAGGGAGUGGUUUCGACUGGAUAUCUCUUUUAAUGGAGGCCAGAUAGUAGUAACCACCAGCAUUGGACCAGAGUUGACAGGUUACCAUAAUCAGACAAUUAGCUUCCGAGAGGAUUUCCAUUACAAUGACACAGCUGGGUACUUCAUUAUUGGAGGGAGCAGGUACGUGGCUGGCAUCGAAGGAUUCUUUGGACCCCUGAAGUACUAUCGCCUCCACAGUCUGCAGCCAGCACAGAUCUUUAAUCCCCUCCUCGAGAAGCAACUUGCUGAACAAAUCAAGUUAUAUUAUGAACGGUGUGCCGAGGUUCAAGAAAUCGUAUCUGUGUAUACAUCUGCCGCACAGUCCGGGGGUGACAGAGAAGAGGCAUGUGACCUCCACAACUCCUACCUGGACCUCAGGCGCAGGUACGGGAGGCCCUCGACGUGCAGAGCCUUCCCCUGGGAGAAGGGGCUGAAAGACAAGCACCCCAGCUUGUUCCAGGCCUUGCUGGAGAUGGAUUUGUUGGCCGGGCCCAGGAGCCAGAGCGAGUCUGUGUUAGAAAUCGGUAGGAGGAUAUUCGAGAAGGCUGUAAAGAGACUCUCCAGCUCUGAUGGUCUUCACCAAAUUAGCUCGGUCACUCCCUUUCUGAUGGAUUCCAGCUGCUGCGGAUACCAUAAAGCAUCCUACUACCUCGCAGUCUUCUAUGAAACUGGAUUAAGUGUGCCUCGGGACCAGCUGCAGGGCAUGCUGUAUAGCUUGGUUGGAGGCCAGGGCAGCGAGAGACUGUCUGCAAUGAAUCUUGGGUACAAGCACUACCAGGGUAUUGACAGCUACCCCCUGGACUGGGAACUGUCGUAUGCCUACUACAGCAAUAUCGCCACGAAGACGCCUCUUGACCAGCACACGCUGCAAGGAGACCAGGCAUAUGUUGAAACCAUUAGACUAAAAGAUGAUGAAAUACUCAAGGUGCAAACCAAAGAAGAUGGGGACGUCUUCAUGUGGCUGAAGCACGAAGCCUCGCGAGGCAACGCAGCAGCCCAGCAACGACUGGCCCAGAUGCUGUUCUGGGGGCAGCAAGGUGUGACCAAGAAUCCCGAAGCCGCCAUCGAGUGGUACGCCAAGGGAGCCCUGGAGACCGAGGAUCCCGCGCUAAUCUACGACUACGCCAUUGUGUUAUUCAAGGGUCAAGGAGUGAAAAAGAACAGACGGCUGGCCCUGGAGCUGAUGAAGAAAGCAGCUUUCAAGGGAUUGCAUCAGGCCGUCAAUGGCCUGGGAUGGUAUUACCACAAAUUCAAGAAAAAUUACGCCAAAGCAGCAAAGUACUGGUUAAAAGCAGAAGAAAUGGGGAACCCAGACGCGUCGUACAAUCUUGGAGUCCUGUAUUUGGAUGGCAUUUUCCCAGGAGUUUCUGGGAGGAAUCUGACUUUAGCUGGUGAAUAUUUCCAUAAGGCUGCGCAAGGGGGACACAUCGAAGGGACCUUGUGGUGUUCUCUCUACUAUAUCACAGGCAACCUGGACACCUUCCCGAGGGAUCCCGAGAAAGCGGUUGUAUGGGCGAAGCACGUAGCUGAGAAAAACGGCUACCUGGGCCAUGUCAUUCGCAAAGGCCUCAACGCCUACCUGGAGGGCUCAUGGCAUGAAGCUUUGCUGUAUUAUGUUUUAGCAGCAGAAACUGGAAUUGAAGUGUCACAGACAAAUUUAGCACACAUCUGUGAGGAAAGGCCGGACCUAGCCAGGAGAUACUUGGGUGUUAAUUGUGUUUGGAGAUACUAUAAUUUCUCUGUUUUUCAAAUCGAUGCUCCUUCAUUUGACGUGUUCCCAGCCCUGUGCUCUGCUCUGCUGUCUGUGGGAGGCGGUGGCCACCAGGAAUGCAGUGCCAGGCUCCUGUCCCAAGAGCUUCUGAUGGGCAUCACCAGUGCAUAUUUGAAAAUGGGAGACCUGUACUACUAUGGCCACCAAAACCAGUCACAAGACCUUGAAUUGUCUGUGCAGAUGUACGCCCAGGCCGCGCUGGAGGGAGACUCCCAGGGAUUUUUUAACCUGGCCCUGCUAAUUGAAGAAGGUGCUAUCAUCCCACACCAUAUUUUGGAUUUCCUGGAAAUUGACCCAUCACUCCAUUCUAGUAACAUCUCCAUUCUCCGGGAACUAUACGAACGGUGCUGGAGCCACAGCAGCGAGGAGUCCUUCAGCCCCUGCUCCCUGGCCUGGGGGUACCUCCACCUGCGGCUUAUCUGGGGCGCUGUCCUGCACUCUGCCCUGAUCUACUUUCUGGGAACCUUCCUGCUGUCCGUAGUGAUCGCUGGGACAGUGCAGCACUUCCGGGACGUCUCAGCCAGUGGUUCUCCUCCAGCACCAGCCCGGGCCCCCCCAGGCCCCACCUCUUCCACUGCAACUUCAGCUGUGUCUUCCGCUGCCGACGCCUCUGACCAGGACCAGUCCACAGUCACUAAUAACCCAGAGCCACGUGGGUGAACCGUGCACUCCAGGUCUCUCCACUUGAGCAAUGAUCCCUUCAACAGCCGGUAUUGGGAGGCUAAGGCCAGAGCAUUACCCUGAUAAACACCUUAAAAAUCUUGUCCACUGUAUGCAAA